GUCUAAACAACAACAAACAUUACGGUUCAUGUGCGCUUCGCUCGGAGUUAUUUACAUACAUUUUGCUUAAAAUGUCGGCGUUCAUGGAGGAAACAAAGUGCCUGUUGCCCCGCAUCGCCUUUAUCGCAUGCGGCUGCUUCAGUCCGCCCACGCCGAUGCACCUCAGAAUGUUUGAGAUAGCCAGGGAUCACUUUGAGAUGCAGGGGACACACAAGGUGGUGGGCGGCAUUAUCUCGCCCACCCAUGACUCAUAUGCAAAGAAGGGGCUGGCCUCAUCGCUGGACCGCUGCGCAAUGGUGAAAUUGGCCGUUCAGAGUUCCAACUGGAUACGCCUGUCCGACUGGGAGGUGCACCAAAACCAGUGGAUGCGCACACAGUCCGUGCUGCAGUACCAUCAGAACUUCAUGAACAACUACUUGAACUCAGCCAGUGGUGCUGGAGAUGCAGAGCCAAAUGGUUCCCUGCCCGGCUGGCUGCCCUUUUCGCUGCGAGAGCGCACCGAUCCCGUGCACCUAAAGCUGCUGUGCGGCGCCGAUUUACUAGAGUCCUUUGCCGUGCCAGGUCUCUGGGCAGAUGCCGAUAUUGAGGAUAUUGUGGCCAACCAUGGUCUGGUGGUCAUCACACGCUGCGGCUCAAAUCCCGAGAAGUUUAUAUUUGAAUCUGACAUUUUAACUAAGUACAAGCGGAAUAUAACGCUGAUUACGAAUUGGGUGCCCAAUGAGGUGAGCUCUACGCUGGUGCGACGUCUGCUGAGUCGCGGACAGUCAGUGAAAUAUCUCAUAGACGACCUGGUGCUGGAGUACAUCAAGCGCCAGCGAUUGUUCAACGUUAAAUCUAAGUAUAUAACGGAUGCAGUGCGUCCAAAUCAUUUGAUCUUUAAUCACGCCUACACGGACAACAACAAGAACGCAGCGAGCACCCUCAUAAGCGAGCAGAAUAUGGAUGAGUCAGACAGCCCCAGUCCGCAGCUGCUGCAGCAAGCGACUUCGCGGGUCUUCUGCUGUGGCGACACAUCGCCGCGUGGCCCGAAACUCCUGCGUGUGGGCCCUGGCCAGGCAGUGCAGGUCAUCACCAUGCAAAGCGAUGAGAAAUCAGAGAGCCAGGCCAAGAAGCAGAAAAUUGCCCAAGUGCAGCUUUAAGCUGAAUAAAGACAAUUCCAAGGAUCGAUACAGGAAUGUGGGAUGGAAGGGGAAGCUAUUGUGGAUAUGUGCAUAUAAAAAUAAACACUUUAAACACUCA